AUGUCUUCAUUGGCUAGAUACCCGACGGGCGGCCCUCGAUGGUCCCCCUGGAAUGUGGGCUCAGUUCUUCCGCUUGGUCCACCCCAAUCUUAUGAAAACUACGAACCAAUAUCUCCCCGGCAGACGUCCCUUUAUCAAACGGUGGACCCCAACAUUCAACUUCGCAUCGUCAACUUUCCUCAUGAAAUCCUUUGCGAAGUCUUCCUCUGGGCACUCGUAGCGGCGUCAGACGACAAGCGAGCGCUUACGGCUCCCUCUCGUCGCUUCUUGGCCGCACUCGACAUAUCACACGUCUGUCGGAGAUGGAGAUACGUUGCACUUCGACAUUGUCACUUGUGGCGCGAUUUGCCCCUCAACAUGUCCGUCCUCUCCAAAUCAACCAUCGCGCACCUAUGGGAGAACAUGUUACCCAGGUUCAAGGAACCGGGUGUACGCGUCUAUCUUCAGUGUAUCAGCGCCGAGUGGAGCUCGCUUUAUGGAUCUUUGGCUGACAAGCUGCGUCUCUGCCAGGCCCUAUGGUUGAUACCGACGAUAGAGAAGCUACACGUCAAGACACUCGCUGGACAAGCCUCUUUACUCGACUCAUUGCUUCAGGCGAGUACACGUGCUGUCGACAAGCUAGUGAUAUACUCCACUGGGGGAACUCAUGAGGCACCCUUUUCGCCAGUUCUCGUCUCUAUGCUACAGAGUGAGCGUAUAAAGCAAAUCUCGCUUUUCAACGUUGGCCAACUCAACUUUCCGAAAGGUCUACUCAGCCGUCGACUCAUAGACCUCUACAUCUACGACAGCUGCCACAAACUUUCCUUUGAUCAAAUAACGACCGCUUUUCCGAGCCUCGAAGCUCUCCAUAUCGAUAAUUGGCUAAUGGCGAAAGAAUUGGAUCGACCAAAGAUAUCCUUUGGACAGGAUAGCGCGCUCGCGCUGAAGAGCUUGACCGUCCCAGGCUUUCUCACGAGCACAGGCUUCUGGGACAUCGAGCCCUGGAUGCCGAAUCUAACCUCUUUGACGAUCAGUCUAUGUCCACCUCACGACCUCGCGAGCCAUCUCGACUUGAUGCCGUCCCUCACGCACCUCGAGGUUGGCGGAAGGAGCUCACAGCUCGAGGUUUGGACUCAGCUGGCGAUACUGGGUCCCAAACUUACUAGCAUCUCGGGUCGCGCGACAGACUUGAUCCGUGUGCUCCUCGACUGGGAGUGCAUACCAGGACUCGAAUCCGAGCCAUUUCCAAAGCUCGAUAGACUCGUACUGGAUUACGGAUACGACAGGGUCAAUCAUACGGAUCUCGCUCAACUAAUACGCUUGCGGGUCGCUGAGCUCCCUCAACGGGUGAUGAGCCCCACUGCGGAGACUAUCAUCUUCCAACUCUAUGUGGAUAUUGUUCCCAAAACCUCUGAAAAUUUUCGUGCACUCUGCACGGGUGAACGGGGCAAAUCCCCAUCUGGACACUCUCUCCACUACAAGAACUCGAUAUUUCACCGGGUCAUUCCCGAGUUUAUGAUCCAAGGAGGAGGCGAGGCUCACUGGUUGUUGAUAGAGAACUUUACCAAGCGAAAUGGAACAGGUGGAGAGUCUAUUUACGGCGCUCCGUUCCCGGAUGAAGACCUGUCGUUGGCCGUUGACGCACCAGGAUUGCUCGUCAUGGCCAACCGAGGCGCUCACACAAAUUCGUCACAGUUUUUCGUCACACUUGCUCCUGCGGAACAUCUCACGGGGAAACAUGUCGUGUUUGGCAAAGUCGUUCGUGGGAUGGAGGUGGUCAAGGCCAUCGAAGCGGUUCCAACGGACGCGAAGGAUGUCCCACUGAAACGCGUCGAGGUGGUCAACUGUGGAGAACUAGAGUUUCGCGGUCCACCAGGAGGAGCCCAGCCACAGGCCCAAUCGACGCCCGUAAAGCGCGAGCGAAGUGCCUCGAUUAGUAGCAGUGAAAGCAGUCAAUCAAGUGACGAGGAGAGGAGAGAGAGAAAACGGAGAAGGAAGGAAGAAAAACGCGAGGCGAAACGAAGACGAAAGGAGGAGAAACGGCGCGACAAGGAGGCCCGAAAGGCCAAAGGAAGUGGAGAAAUCAGACCACGUCGUCAAUGA